AUGACCUUCCCUCCCCCUCACCCAACCGCCCAAUCGUCGAUUGCUUCUGGCACCGAUAAAUCUUCUUCGACCAGGACCGAUAUUGGUGCUUGGGGUCGGUCCGUGUCGCAGUCCGGCGCACGUCGUGGGUUGACUCCACUCGCGACUAACUUAUCCUCCGCCGCUCCCCCCACGACCACCCGGGGUUUGGACGCAGGCCUUGGGGCUUCUACACCUUCAUCCUUCUCUGCCGUUCUGAGCUCUGCCAGGGGUCUCACCGGUAGCAGUCCUAAACCCACAUCCUCGCCAUUUACCUCAUUGCAAUCUGGCUCACAACACCACGGAUCUAACCUCUCGUCUCCCAAAUUUCGAUCUCACACCCCUUCCGUAGGGUCUCAUUUGGCUUCUGCUACAAGCUCCACUCCAGGUGGAGGAGGUACUGGGGGAGGUGGUGGGCCGGGAUCAUCCAGAGGCGUUUUCUCGCCUCUCUCGUCCGGAACAACCGUGAAUUCUCCCACGGGCUUCGCAUCUGACAAGCCGGGAUCUGCAGCCGCCCACUCGAGCCAAUCGUCGCUCACCAAAAUCUCCAUCGCGCAGGUAUUCCUCUUGUUGGAUUCUAUUACAGAGAAAGAAGGCAAAGAAAAGUGGGAAACGAAAGCUGCUCAGAUACACAAGCUUGUAACAUCCAACGGAAUGGAGGUCUUUUCCAAAUACUUUCGCCGCCUCUUAACGGGCAACGCGCCACAAAUUUUCCCGGGCGUGAACAAGUCCGUCGAAAAUGCGGGCAAUUACCCUCUCCUUGUCCAGGAGCUGCAAAAAGUGUCAGCAGACAUGGACCAGUCUCAAAAAAUCGCCGAGACAGUAGAUACUUCUGAAGGAGAUAUCUUCCGUGACUUUGACCUUUCGACGUUCCUGGAUCACUUCCGACUUGACCCAGUCGUGAAGGUCGCGCUGGCUUUAGCGUUUAAGUUGACCAGCAAGUCGGACCUUCGUGCUAAAGCCGAUGCCAUCCUCUCCAACUCAGUUGCCCCCUUCCUUCAAAGCUUGGCAAGUCCAUCCGAAAUUACGAAGGACUACAAUAAUUCUUUCCUCGGAAUGACCAUCGAACGAUUCAUCCUCUAUCCCCCCCGCAAUUUCACCGACGAUGUCAAAGCGAAGCUCGUAUACGCAGCGAACCUGCGAUACCAAAAACUUGGGUUAGAUAUGCCAUUCGAAGUCUCUUCCGCUCUACAAAUGUUCAAUUUUGUCAACCCUCAAUACGGUCUUGUUCGGCAACUACAUGCCAAAGGCGCCCGAGCCACUGCAAAUAUCGAAACAAUAAGCGAAAUGAUCAACUCUGACCCGAAGAAUUGGAGCGAGGAACAUCUAGCAAGUGGUCUUCUCUUUAUGGUUUUGUCACAAUAUUGGGAACAAUUUUCACUGGAGACUUUCAUAAGUGCAUACACAGAUAAACCGAUCAACUGGCCUCUGGUUCUCCGACACUUCGAUCGUGAAGGCCUCCGAGUGGACCCGAAGCAAUUCGCCAAGCUUUACAAUGUUCUCUCUGUCAUGUCGGCCGAGAGCUCGACUUUGGAUGUGCAAAAGCUUUGGGGUGGAGACUGGGAGCAUCGCGACACGCAGAUGUCAUUCCUGACAGCGUUCGUGGCAUCUCGCAUCGACCCAUCCCACAUCCCCAACCUUCGUGCAACCUUCCCCGCCGACUUCUUCCAGGAUGCCCCUGAUCUUGUUAAACUGCAAGGCGAGCGUGCAGCGAAGUCCCCACUGCGGUCUAUGGACGCCAUGAAAGCCAUUUUUGACCUUGCCUUGUUCUCUCAGGCUUCUUGGGCUGCGACUGAAAGCCAGCUCCUUAUCAAGGCGGUCGUUCAGUUUGAUCUGCCAGUGUUCCUUUGCUCCGCGCUUGCGAUUCCACAGCCGUGGUCCAGUGUACAACAAAGCUUUGUGUUGCGCACAUUUAUUGUGUUUAUCUCGAAGCAAGAGGAUGGAUACCAGCUCGCUCUUCACGGAGCUUGGCGACAAGACCGACAGUGGGUUGCAGACCAGCUGUUCACUACAUUUAACCAGGACCCUACAUCCACCGCGGUGAUUUACGAGCACGCUGCUGCGUAUGGCUGGCUGGAGGAUCUCCUUGGGUUUACCAACGGACUUCCUCUUAAUGGACUUGCUCUUGACCUCGCAUGCUACUCCCACCGCAAAAAUCAGUUUGAUCUUGAACAAUGGGUUCAAAAUGCUGCUCAAAAGGGCGCCAUUGAUAUGGGUGGGCUGCUAUCCAAGUUCCUGCGAAUCAAAGCAGAGGACGAAUUGCACGUCCAACGCAAGGAACAAUCCGCUCAUCAAAUGGUCAGCCUUGCAGUGAAGACGGUGUACACUCUUUUAUCUGUUCUGGAGGAAUAUGUCGGAGACCGUGAGAAUCUCACACCCGUUCAACGCAUCUGCAUUCAGACAUACCCUCGCCUAAUAAAUUACGGUGAAGGCUUCGAUGAUAUCAUUGACCUCAAUGGCGAGAACGGUAACAAUCUGCCUGAAUCCAUUGAUAAGCAAAUGCAAGAGCUCUUCGGUAAAAUGUACCAUGAAGAACUCUCGCUCCGAGAGAUGUUGGAGUUGAUGCGCAAGUACAAGUCUUCCCGCGAUCCCAUCGAGCAAGACCUGUUCUCCUGCAUGGUCCAUGGCCUGAUCGAUGAAUACCAUUGCUACCAUGAGUACCCGCUCGAGGCUUUGACUAAGACUGCAGUUAUGUUCGGCGGUAUCAUCAACUUCCGUCUUGUUGACGGUAUUACCUUGAAGGUCGGUCUCGGUAUGAUCCUCGAGGCUGUCCGUGAACACGAGCCCCACGACCCAAUGUAUAAAUUCGGCGUUGAAGCAAUUGAGCAAUUAAUUAACCGUCUCCCUGAAUGGGCUGGUUUCUGCCACCUGCUUUUCCAAAUCCCAUCUCUGCAAGGGACCCCCAUCUACCAAAAGGCCGAGGAAGUGCUUCGGGAGCAAGGAAACCAAGUUGGUGAAGCCGAGGCUGGACCUUUCGAUGGCAUGGUUGCUGCGCCUCUCACCAAUGGCAAUUCCACCGACUCCCCGGCUGCUGAUGGCUCUGUACGCAAGUUCCGUGCUGUUCAGCUUGAUCCCCCUCUUCGAUCUGAGCUCUAUGAAGAUCCAAAUGAAGACAUCCAGGACAAGAUUCUGUUCGUUCUCAACAACGUUUCCGAGCAAAACAUUGACGAGAAACUUCAAGAUCUCCGUGAAGUGCUGCGCGACCAACACCAUCAGUGGUUCGCCGCUUACCUGGUCGAGGAACGUGCCAAGCUGCAGCCUAACUUCCAACAGCUCUAUCUCGACCUUCUUGAUCGUAUCGGCGACAGAAUUCUUUGGGCCGAGGUCUUGCGAGAGACUUACGUCAGCGUUGCCAAGCUCAUCAACUCUGAGAACACAUUAACCUCAUCUACUGAUCGUGGCCAUCUCAAGAACCUUGGUGCUUGGCUUGGAUCGCUGACCAUUGCGAAGGACAAGCCCAUCAAACACAAGAACAUCUACUUCAAGGGCCUUCUUCUGGAGGGCUAUGAUACCCAACGCCUCAUGGUCACGAUCCCCUUCGCCUGCAAGGUUCUUGUGCAGGCUACCAAAUCAACGGUGUUCAAGCCCCCCAACCCCUGGUUGAUGGACAUCCUAGGUCUUCUUUUGGAGCUUUACCACUUCGCUGAGUUGAAGCUCAAUCUCAAGUUCGAAAUUGAGGUCCUGUGUAAAGACCUCGAUCUCGACCACAAGACAAUUGAGCCGGCUAUUGUCAUCCGUGAUCGCUCUGCUCAUGUUGAAGAAUCACUGCCCACUGUCAACCCUCCGGAAGGUCUCGUUGAGCCAUUUGAAGAUCUGUCUCUCAGCGCCAUCAACCCGGCUAUCCGCAAUGAGAGACUCUCUCCUGCCGCUAUUAUGUCAACCCUGCCGAGCCUUGACAAGAUCCUUGUCCUGCCUUCCUCAGCCAGCAGCAUGGUAGAUCCCAGUAUCCUCAAACAGAUUGUUCACACUGCAGUGGAACGUGCCAUUGCCGAGAUAAUUACCCCUGUUGUCGAGCGCUCUGUCACUAUCGCGUCAAUUUCCACCGUCCAGCUUGUCUCCAAGGACUUCGCCAUGGAGCCCGAUGAGGAACGUGUGCGCCAUGCUGCGGGCAUAAUGGUCCGUCAACUUGCUGGCAGCCUGGCACUUGUCACUUGCAAAGAGCCUCUCAAGGUUAGCAUGACCAACUACAUUCGCAUGAUCCAGCAAGAAUAUUCUGAGCAGCCUAUGCCAGAAGGCUUGAUCUUGAUGUGCGUCAAUGACAACCUCGAUGCUGCUUGUGGUAUUGUCGAGAAGGCCGCAGAGGAGAAGUCUCUGCCAGAGAUCGAGAAGGUGAUUGAACCUCAAUUAGAGGCCCGUCGCCGUCACCUGGCCAGUCGCUCUAACGACCCAUUCAUCGACCCUUCAAUGAACCGCUGGGGACUGUUCAUCCCGGAGCCAUACAGACAAGCCCCUGGUGGUCUCAACAAGGAGCAGCUCGCAAUCUACGAAGAGUUUGCCCGUCAAUCGCGAGGCCCAGCACCAUCCGCUGAUGCGUCCGCCGGUCGUCAACUUCCCGAUGUCCUCGGGGAAUCCUACCCCGCCAUUCCUAACCUCUCUACUCCAGCUGAGCAACCGGCCAUUCCACACAGAACACCCCAGGCGCAACCUGCUGUAUCGCAGAUGCCUCCUGUGCACACCAAUGGAUUCCUCGAUGCUCAAAGCCCUCGAGAGCGAGUGGAAAGCUUUGUUUCCGAUCUUCAGCAGUCUGCUCGCAACGCCUCGGAAGAACACGUUAAGGAUCUCGGCAGAGACAGCGCAGUCCUGCAAGAAUAUAACCAGGCAUUGCGCACGAUAGUCAACUCCACCAAUGGCGAGGAGCUAGCCCGACUGACUUCAUUGAAGGUCUGCACUCUUCUGUACUCUCAAUCACAUGGAUCUCUUGAGAUUGAAGUUCUUGUACACCUUCUUGCCAAGCUCUGCGACAUGUCCACACUAAUUGCUCGGUACACAUGGGCACUUCUUUCCGAUGUUGAUGAUGAACACAUGUUCAAUGUGCCGGUCACUGUUGCUCUCAUCGAUGCUGGUCUCCUUGACAUUCGCCGGGUUGACAUGAAUCUGACUCGACUGAUUGUGCAGAGAAAUGUGAGCGCCCUGGAGUUGCUUGACAACUUGAUGGACCGCGUUCUCUUCAAUGAAGAACCCUCUGCUCUCCGGUCGGACUUCUCCGGCAGUCUGGAAGCUAUGAGUCAAUGGCUUUCCGAGGAUGCAACUGUUACUGCUGGCCUGGAUAUCGUGCGCAAAUUGCGCGAGUCUGGUAUUCCUGAGGUUGUGAACUCUCUUCUCAGCGAUCAAGCCAGAUCUAAGCGUGACCAGAUGGAGUACAUCUUCAGCGAGUGGAUCGGUAUCUACAAGGCCCCUAGUGCUACUGACCGCACCUUCCAAUCAUUCCUCCAGGAUCUUCACAACCGCCAGGUGAUGAACAGCCAAGAAGACUCCGCAUUGUUCUUCCGUCUGAGCAUUGAUAUUUCUGUUGCCAUGUUCGAGCACGAAUCUCAGAACCCCAACGGCCCCAAUAUUGAUGAAGCAUUCCUCUACAUUGAUGCCCUCGCUAAGCUGGUCAUCCUCCUCAUCCGCUUCCAAGGCGAGAGCGCUGGCGCUGUCAGAGCCAACAAGGCCACCUACUUCAACUCUAUCCUUUCUCUUUUGGUGCUGGUUCUGAACCACCACCAAGUCAUGAGAGGAGAGGCAUUCAACCAGCGUGUGUUCUUCCGUCUUUUCUCCAGUAUUCUCUGCGAGUACUCCAUGAACGGAUUGCAGCAUACCGAGCAGCACCAAGGCAUGAUCUUCGCCUUGGCCAACAAAUUCCUGUCUUUCCAGCCCCGCUACGUGCCCGGUUUCGUUUACGGCUGGCUUUGCCUAGUUUCCCACCGGGUAUUCAUGUCGGACAUGCUGAAUAUGCCCGAUCGUGCCGGAUGGGCGCCUUAUUGCGAGAUCAUGCAAGCACUGCUCUCCUACAUGGGCGAGCAACUCAAGGCAGCAAACAUUACAUACGUUGCAAAGGAUCUCUACAAGGGCGUUCUUCGUAUCUUAUUGAUUCUGCACCACGAUUUCCCGGAGUUUGUUGCGGAGAAUCACUUCCAGUUCUGCAAUGUCAUCCCUGCUCAUUGCGCACAGCUCCGCAACCUUGUGCUCAGUGCUUACCCCUCUUCGUUCCAAAAGCUUCCCGACCCUUUCCGAGAGGGAUUGAAGGUAGAGCGGAUCGAGGAGAUGCGGGAGGUCCCCAAGAUUGCGGGUGACAUUGUUGCUCCCCUGCAGAACGCCAACAUCAAGGAGGUUAUUGACGAUGUGCUCAAAAACGAAAGCAUCUCCGAGAGUGCCAUUCAGCAGCUUUGCGGUGCUAUUCUUAACCCCGAGACCAAGGAAACUGGCUUAUUCUUUGUCCCAGUCGACGUGGACAUUGUCUUGGUGAACGCUCUUGUGCUGUAUAUUGGACAGCAAGCCGCAGUGGAGCAUGCUUCGAAGAGCAACACCCGUAGUGCCUUUGAGAACUCCACUCACGCCGCUCUCUUGGAUAAGCUCGCCCAAGUUUUGCAGCCCGAGCCUCGUUACUACCUGCUCAGUGCGAUGGCCAACCAGCUUCGCUACCCCAACAGCCACACCUACUUCUUCAGCUUCACAAUUCUCCGUCUGUUUGGCAUGGAAUACUCCGAAGGAGAUGACACGGAUGUCCGCCAGCAGAUCAUCCGCGUGCUGUUGGAGCGGUUGAUUGUCCAUCGCCCGCACCCGUGGGGUCUCAUCAUCACCCUACAGGAGCUUCUCCAAAACUCGAGCUACUCCUUCUUCCUCCUACCAUUCAUCCAGGCGGCACCCGAGAUUGGCCGCCUUUUCGAUGCCCUUCUCCAGCAUAUCCAACAGCAGAGCCCCCGGCCCAUCGCCUAA